CCCAGUCGCCUCCACAGUCUCGGCGUUUCUCAAAAAUCUCAAGCAGAGUUGCAGCGCAGCGCGGCUGCGGUGGCACGAACUGGCUGGCUGGAAUAAUAUCCCAAAAGCAGUCAUGGCGGCGCCGUUAGCCCACUUCGAUGAGGACUGGCAGGAUUUCAACGAAUUCACGCCGUCCUCGGAGUCGGACCAACAGCUGGACCAGCUGAACUCGAAUGUGGGCGACCCGACGGGCCUAGACGAUUUGUCCGACCUGGACAACAGUUUCUCCGGCGAGAUCUGCAGCUUCAAGUCGAUGGAGGACCUGGUCCACGACUUCGACGAAAAGCUGACAGUGUGUUUCCGAAACUACAACACUGCGACAGAGAACAUAGCUCCCGUUAAACCCAUCACGGAGGAUAACUUCUUGAAAGACGACGAGGUGUGGAACGCUUUGACGAACAACUUUGGCAACGUGAUGCCUGUGGACUGGAAGACAUCUUACACUCGCUCCCUGCACUUACCCGCCCUCAAACUCACUGAGCGUGAGGGACAGAAUGUGGAUAACCACUCGUCAGAUCUGUCAGACGACGACGAGGAGCUGAGGGAACAGUUGGACAUGCACUCGAUCAUCGUGUCCUGCAUCACCGACGAGCCGCUCUUCACAGCUGAACAGGUUAUUGAGGAAAUAGAAGAGAUGAUGCAGGAGUCCCCCGACCCGGACGAUGAYGAGAGUCCSUCCCAGUCCGACUUGUCCAUGCUGUCUCAGGACCUCGGCGCGUUGAAACGUUCGGGUUCCAACACGAGCUGUGAGGAACGUCUGCGGCAGCUGUCGGUGUCGGAGCUCAACCAGACUCUGGAGGAAGUGGAGGCAGCCAUCUGCCGCUACAGCGAGGAGCUGAUCAAGGCUCUGGCUCUGAGGGACGAACUGGACUUUGAAAAGGAGGUGAAGAACAGCUUCAUCUCGCUGCUCAUCGAUGUUCAGAACAAACAGAAGGAGCACCGCGAGCUGCUAAGAAAGAAGAAGAAGAUCCGAAGUUCGACCGGGCCCAACGGUCAGAGGACAGCCAGCACCCACGUCCCCGGCACGCAGCUCCUCACUCUGGAGGGACUCUCCAGUGUCAUUCAAAAUGGCCUCCGUCAAACUUUUGGCUACACAGGAGGGGACAAACAGUACCUGACCACAGUGAUCCCUUAUGAGAGGAAAUCUGGCUCCCCGUCUAUAGAAGACCUCCAAAUCCUGACGAAGAUCCUCCACGCCAUGAGGGACGACAGCGAGAAGGUCCCCGCCCUCCUAACAGACUACAUCCUCAAAGUUCUGUGUCCCACGUAAACUCACAAGGAGAUGACGUGUUUUUCUCGAGCCACCAGCAGAGGGGACGGGGGGCGGGGUUUGGUAAACUGGAAAAUCACAAACUGGAAUAAGAAAAAAACCCAAACUUUCCUCCCUCUUCCAUUCCCACAUCAUGGACGUUCUUUCCUUUUUAUUAUUAUUAUUAUUAUUAUUGUUUUUCUUUUUUUUUUUUACUCUGCUGUUAAGUUUUUAACUUGUGCAGUUUUUAUUUGUAAUAUUUAAACAUUUUUGUUGUGCUUGAGUUCUGCCUAAAGAUGCCAGGAAUCAGUGUUAGCCUGAACACCUCACUUCCUGAUUUGCCAGAGGCUCUGAAACAGCAAACCAUCCAGGAAGAGGAGGUGUUUUUUUUUAAUUCUGCGGGCUAAUCAAAUACAUUUUUUCUUUGUAUAGUUGCCUGGCAGGAAAACAAACAAACAAACAAAAAAUCUUAAUUUAAUCUGGGAAUCUGAAAGUACCAGGCGAGUAYUGAGCAUUAAUUCUGUUUGGUUUGAUGGCACACGGUUUCAUGUUGAAGAAGUUUGCUUGUUAAGGAUGGAAGAGAAAACCCCUCUAAUUAAAACUGUAGUUUGUAUUCUUCUGCAUGUUAAAGCUGAAUGUUUUUAGAUUAUUUUGUAUAAGAACGAGGAGAAAAAAAUUGCACAGUUUGAGAACUUUUUCCAUGUUCGAAAAAGGGACAGAAGUGUUCGCAACGUAAAAUGACGGCUGGAUGAACAAACGCGUGGAUCAUAUUUUUGGAUAAAGARGCUUUAGAUUUAAGAUUUUGUAAUCAUAUUGUAAGAGCUGUUUGUUGACCUAUUAGACCCUCAGAGUGACCCCCUCACCCCGAACUAACUCUCCACUCAUUUAUCUGCAGAUACAGUACCUCCUGUUUCAGUUUGAUUUGAAGGAUCUGCUCGUGGUGUUSGUGUAGAUUAGAUUUUCUGUUCCCUGUUUGGAUCUUGUAGUUGCACUUUACUCUGUGAUCUGGUCUCAUUAGAGUAGCGUUGGAUACUCGUCAGCAAAUCUAGAAUUUGUUUUCACGCAUUUCUUUCCCACAUUAGUCCCAGUAAAUAUCUUUAAGGGGCAUUCCAUUGAUUUGCUUUUUUAUAAAAGUAGCAGAAUUAGGCAUGUAGAAGUGACUGGAUUGUCCUCAGUGUCGUCUUUUUUUAGAGCAUUAAAAAUUGGGACUCUUGCACUUCUUUACACCAACGUUAGGAUCAAUGUAAGGUUUUAAAAAGUCUGGAUUUCUGAGGGUAAAUGCAGAGGAUUGAUCUGUAAAUUCUGUAAAUCACUUUAAAUAAUAGUUAAUAAUAGGCUCCGCCCACACUACUCCAGAUGUUUUCUGUUGCGCCUCUCGUUCACGUCUGCAUGUUGGGUUCUGAAGCUCAUGCACCUAAUGAAACAAAGGCUUCAGGUGCAGAGAAGUGUGCUGCUGCUAAUUCUGUUAGCCAGGGAUCUUUUAUUUAUGUUCCUUCAUUUUCACCAGUUUGGCUCAACGUGGAGGAGGAUGUAUGUUCAGACRGAGCUGAGCUCACUUGAAUUAGAAUUUCUACUUUAUGAUCCUUUCAAAAUAAACUAACGGUACAGGAAGUUGCUGUUUAGUUUAGAUGAGCCUGCUUUCAUUUAGUGCUCUAAAAAACUCAGAUUUUUAGCUGUUUUAUUGUUUUGAUAUUUGUUUUGUUUUAUCUUGAUCAUCAAACUUCCARCAUGUGCUGAAAUUCUUAAUAAUGAAGUCAGUUUUUUGUUCUCUGUAUUUUGAGUUUAUGUUAAUGUGGACAGUCCCCACACCUACUGAUGAGGCAUGAGUAUGUUAAGUUUUUGUUUUUAAAAAAAGRAGGUAUUGGAUUUUAAAUAAAUGAAACAUAUCUGGAGUAGUGAAGAUGGGACCUAAAUGUGUUUUAACAUGAUAAAAGAUACAUUUUAGAUUUGAUAGUUAUUUUUGUUUUUAACUUCUGCACAUUAAUGAAGUCAAAGUGAAAGUUCAGCUCUUUUAAAGUGCAUUCUGCAGAUGUAUUACAAAUUGUAGACCUCAUACCUUUUCUACAGAACCCCGACUUUGUCUUUCAGGACCGAUCAUUUGUUGUCACUUAUUUAUUUAUUUUUUUAACACUUGGUCAAACCUUUAACAACUAUUUAAACAUUUUAAGCCUAAUUUGUUAGAUUUAUAUCAUAUCUACUUAUAAAACAAAAGUUAUAUUAUUUAAAGUUGAAUGUUUUUAACAUGUUUAAAUAGACAUGUCAGGUAUUUGAAAUAGAUUUUUGGCAAUUUAACUUCAUCUCUAGUUUAUAGUGAAAAUGUGAAAUAAUAUUAGAGAACAAAGAUUUCAGGAAGAAAUCACUGGAAUUCACCCUUUUUUUUUUUUUUUACAACCACAUCCCACCAUUUAGAGCGUAUUUGUUGAACAUAACGGGGACAUUAUAAAGUCUGCCUCACCUGGUCAGGUCUCAGGUUGGUACCAAGCACUUGGCUACACUUUUUAAGAUAAAAGCGAUGAAUCAAAGUCCGCAUGAUGUUCUGUAGUUUUAACCGUAGCUUAAAGACCGUAGCAUUUACGAUGUUUAACGUCACUCAGGUUUUGUUUUGAUAACGCGGAGUGAACCUGGGGACAAUUGCACAGUGGGGGAGGGGGUCUCUUUUUAUCAUAAAAGUCAAACAGAAGCUCAAAAUAAACUGUUUGUAUGUGACAUAUUUCUACAGAUGCCAGCUAUGAAAACAGUUUUUUUAAGUAGCAUGAUCUGCAUGCACUGCACCGCUGCAAACACCUUUCUAUUCAUUAGUUUUGUUGUUUUUGUUUACAGACUUUAAAUAUCACACUAAAGGGACGUGUAUAUGUUGCAGUAAAAACAAUUUAGUAAGGUUUUAAUAGUUUAAAAUGCAUUUAAAAGUUUUUUUCUAACUCAGGCGCUCAGAUGAAAUUGGUUUGUGACGCCGGCGCUGAAUGUCUCGAUUUGUUGUUGAAAAGAUUUAUUUCGAAUAAGAGUGAAACGAAGCUCGGCACCGAGGUCACAGACAGGAUCUCAGCCCAGAACUUUCAUCAGGUUCUCUUCUAGAAACAUAUCAGCGAAAACAUCAAUUUAGAGAUUUAUAUUUAUAUGUGUAGAACAAUAAAAAGAAACUAGAGGCUGCCUUUAUAAAUAAAUGCCAGAGGAUUUUUUGUUUUCUUUUGUAUUUGUACAUUUAAUAAACUCUUAAUGCAAUAUAUUUCCCUGCUAGUUUGGGGGUUCAUGUUUACUGUUUCUUGUGGUACUGCAGUGUAUUAAUUUAUUAUGUGAACCUUUUGUUUUGUAACCAUAUUUUGACUGUAAUGGUACAAAUGUUUUGUGCCCUCUGCAUUACAACUCAUUUCAGAUUAAAAAAAAAAUGUACUUAUUAA